AUGAAAGCGAAUCCGAAAGCCCAACCGCAUCUCCCGCAGAACACCGCGCCAUCACGCUCAUCGUCCCGCUUCCUGGAAAUCGCGGAACAGAAAGAAAAGCUUCGCGAUGAAAUGAACUUCGAGCACAAGCAAGAACUCUAUUCCCUCAUUACGUCUUCAAAUAAUUUGGAUAAAGAAAAGAAACACCGGGAGGAACCUCACACCCUCCUGUCGCGCCUCUCCCGCGGGUCCCUGAACGACCGCCUGCAGUGGAUCUUCACCUUGUACGACCUCAACGGCGACGGCUGCAUCACGCGCCAGGAGAUGACGGACGUGGUGCAGGCGGUGUACGACCUCAUGGGCAAGCAGACGGACACGCCGGUGGACGAGCAGACGGUCGGCCAGAAGGUCGAGAUGCUGUUCACGACGCUGGACCUGAACAAGGACGGCGUCAUCACCCUGGACGAGUUCACGGAGGCGUGCGCGCGCGACAGCACCAUCGUGUACAACAUCGACGCCAUGCUCCACUGCGACAUCGCCGUCCUCAACUCGAGCGACGUCUCUUCUGACGUCACGUCUUCGGAUCCCCCUCCGCGAGCCAUCAGGAGGUGA